CCAUAAAUAGGGGUGGAACCCCACACCCCUAACCCACCACCCUUACGCAACCAUCGUUCAUCCUUCCUUUCUCUCUCCCUCUCUUCUUUCUUCCUCUUCGCUCCCAGCCCUACCGGAUUCACCUGGUUUGACUUGAAAAUGGCAAGGGUUAACAAAGUGAGACGAAAGGCUAAUUCCCGACUUCACAGGGCAACCCCAUUCCCAUUAGCAUCUCGCCCUCUCAAGGUUCUGAAAGAUGUCCAUCUGAAGAAGAAACACUCUAAAGCAUUGGUAAAAAAAGACUGGGAAGAUGCAACCUGCUCAGUUUGUAUGGAGUUCCCUCACAAUGCUGUACUACUCCUUUGCUCCUCCUAUGAGAAAGGUUGCCGCCCUUAUAUGUGUGCUACUAGUUGUCGUUACUCCAACUGUCUUGAUCAGUACAAGAAAGCCUAUACUAAAGUUACUUCAACCCAAAGUUCACCACAAUCGCAAGGUUCAACUGAGAAUUUAAGUCUUGGUUCUCAUUCAGGUCUUCCUAAUGAAAAGAUGGAAGUGUCAGAGCUUCUGUGUCCACUCUGCCGAGGACAGGUGAAAGGUUGGACAGUGGUGGAACCAGCACGUAAGUAUCUCAAUGCCAAGAAGAGAACAUGCAUGCAGGAUAACUGCUCAUAUGUUGGAACAUACAAACAACUCAGGAAGCAUGUUAGAGCAGAGCACCCACUGGCACGACCUCGUGAAGUGGACCCUUCACUCGAAGAGAAAUGGAAGAGGCUUGAAGGUGAAAGAGAACGGAAUGAUGUGCUCAGUACAAUUAGAUCAUCAAUGCCAGGUGCAUUGAUUCUGGGGGAUUAUGUGAUAGAGGGUAACUAUCAUGGGUUUUAUAGAGAUUAUGCUGAGUAUGAUGCAGAAGCAUAUUUUGAUGAUGCUCUUUUCUCUUUGGAUUCUUUUGGUAGAGGGCGGAGGGGAGGUAUCCACUUGGGUAGCAGAUUUAACAGAACAUAUGAUUUAUUGGAUGAGGAAGACCAUGAGAUGCGUCGCCAUGUGGCUGCACCUGGACGUGGUCUCCACAGGUUGCUGUAUGGGAGGUCAAGAAGGCGACAAAGGCACAGAGAAGCUAAUGGAGAACGUUAAUAUAUGUGCUGUGUGCUGAACAAGGGGAAGAAAAGGGGAGGGGGCUGGGUGGUGUUGUGGUUGUGGUGGUGGGGUUUUGAUUUGCUUCUGGCAGUUGGUUACGGUAGUUAGCUUUUUGUUUUGGGUUGGAUUUGGUUUUAGUAGGGUUUGGGUUUGGGUGAUGAAGGACUGGCCUCCUGCUCUUCUACAAUUAAUUUUUUUUUACUUUUUCUGUGAUUUCAUCGCAUGGGCACCAUAUAGUAAUGGUACACAAGGACAUAGCCAUCAUUUCAUUGGACAAUUAUAGUAGAGGAAUGGCAGAAUCGGUAGCAGCAGAUUAUCAAGUUGUGUGGCACCCAGGUAAGUAUUCUCUUAGGGAUAGUAAAAUACCAUUUUAGAGGGGCCUUGCCUCUGUUUAGGGGUGGUGAACCAAGCUAUUUUAAUGGUUGGUUCCCACUAGGAUCUGACUCUGAUUUGAUUAUGCAGAGUGGUCAUUUGAACAGGAUAGACUGUGGAAAAAGAAAAAAAAAAAAAUCCUUUUUUUCUCUUUCUUUGGGCUUUUAGGUUUAAGUUUCCCUUUCCCCUCUUGUUCCAUGGGUGGCCCUUGUUUCCCUAACAGUUUAAUCCAUGUACAGUUUGAAGGGUGGUUUGUGAAAAGAAUUUUAUUUACUAGUGAUUGUAAAGUUGUGGGUGACUAACGGCUGAAAAAAGUGUGCCUCUAAAACUAGGCUUUGAUUAUUUCCAGGUGCAUUGACUCAAGCUAGUUUGCUUCUCCCCUGAAUUACUGAAUCUGGUUCCCCUUAGUGUACACAGGUUUGUCUACGCUUCAGACCGGUGGAGUACCAAGUUUACCCUUGAUUUUAUUUUUCCAGCGGAAAUGUUUGUAUAUCCGGGCGCCAGACCCUAAUAAUGGUUAUAUUUCUUGAAGCCAGCUUUUGUUUGAGGAUUGUGAUGUUAUGUAGAUUUCAUGGUGCCAACAUUUUCCGUCAAAUUUCCUCCAACUACCGGGUGGAAGUGGAACAAAUGACUGAUUUGAAUGUGGCU